UUGGCUUCUACCACAAGGUAAAGCCCCCGUCCCCCCUCCAUUGCCUCCUCGCGGCAAAGAGAGAGGGAAGGAGGGAAAGUGGAGGAAAGCAGCUAUUCUGCGGUUGGCCUUUGGAGUAAAAGGAGCCGGGAAGGGAAGGAUGGUUGUGGUUCCCCGAGCCGGCUGCAGGGCAGCCCUCUUCCUCUGGAUUUUCAGCAGCAUCAGCUGCAGAGCCAGGACUGCGCUCCCUGCAUCCCAAAAAUGUGAUGAGCCACUGGUCUCAGCAUUAUCCCACUCCUCCUUCAGCAGUUCAUCAUCUAUGACUAGUAGCUAUUCACCAGGGUAUGCAAAGCUAAACAAAAGAGGAGGGGCUGGAGGCUGGUCUCCAUCAGAUAGUGACCAUUAUCAAUGGCUGCAGGUGGAUUUUGGGAGCAGGAAACAAAUCAGUGCUAUAGCAACGCAAGGCAGAUACAGCAGCUCUGACUGGGUGACUCAAUACCGGAUGCUGUAUAGUGAUACAGGGAGAAACUGGAAGCCGUAUCACCAGGAUGGAAACAUUUGGGCAUUUCCUGGAAAUACAAAUUCUGAUAGCGUGAUCCGGCAUGAUUUACAGCAUCUGGUUAUAGCCCGCUAUAUACGCAUAGUUCCUCUCGACUGGAGUGGAGAGGGCCAAAUUGGGCUGAGAACUGAGGUCUACGGCUGCCCGUACUGGGCCGAUGUUAUCAAUUUUGAUGGCCAUGCUGUGUUACCAUACAGAUUCAGGAACAAGAAAAUGAAAACACUGAAAGACGUUAUCACUUUGAAAUUUAAAACCUCUGAAAGUGAAGGUGUCAUCUUCCAUGGAGAAGGACAGCAAGGAGACUAUAUCACCCUGGAACUGAAAAAAGCCAAGCUGAUCCUUAAUUUAAAUCUAGGUAGCAACCAGUAUGGCUCAAUUUAUGGUCACACAUCUGUGAUGACAGGCAGCCUCUUGGAUGACCACCAUUGGCACUCCAUUGUCAUAGAACGUCAUGGGAGGAACAUCAAUCUAACACUGGAUAGGCACAUGCAACAUUUCAGAACCAAUGGGGAAUUUGAUUACCUGGACCUGGACUAUGAGAUAACCUUUGGUGGCAUGCCUUUUUCUGGGAAGCCAAGUUCAAAUAGCGGGAAAAACUUCAAAGGCUGUAUGGAAAGCAUCAAUUACAAUGGUAAUAAUAUCACAGACCUUGCCAAGAGGAGGAAAUUGGAACCUUCUAAUGGGGGAAACUUAAGUUUUUCGUGUGUGGAGCCACACACAGUGCCUGUCUUUUUCAAUGCUACCAGUUACCUGGAAGUGCCUGGUCGCCUGAAUCAGGACCUGCUUUCAGUCAAUUUCCAGUUUCGGACCUGGAACCCCAAUGGACUUCUUCUCUUCAGCAACUUUGCCGAUGGAUUGGGUAAUGUCGAGAUUGACCUGACCGAAGGCAAAGUCAGUGUCCACAUCAAUGUCACCCAGGCGAAGAAGAACCGAAUAGACAUCUCAUCAGGCUCGGGACUCAACGAUGGGCAAUGGCAUGAAAUCCGGUUUCUAGCUAAGGAAAACUUUGCUGUCCUCACCAUUGAUGGAGACGAAGCCUCAGCAGUUCGAACAAACAGUCCUCUGCAAGUUAAAACUGGAGAGAAAUAUUUCUUUGGAGGGUUCCUUACACAAACAAAUGACUCAGAUCGUUCCCUGCUCCAGCUCUCAUUCCAAGGAUGCAUGCAGUUUAUUCACGUGGAUGAUCAACUGGUGGAUUUGCAUGCAGUGGAGCAAGGCAAACUGGGAAGCUUUGCCAAUGUCAGCAUUGAUAUGUGUGCCAUUAUUGACAGGUGCGUGCCCAAUCACUGUGAACAUGGUGGCAAAUGCUCCCAAACGUGGGACAGCUUCAAAUGUACUUGUGAUGGAACUGGAUACAGUGGUGCCACCUGUCACAACUCUAUUUAUGACCUCUCCUGUGAAGCAUACAAACACUUGGGCAAAACCUCAAAUUAUUACUGGAUAGAUCCAGAUGGCAGUGGGGCACUGGGACCUUUGAAAGUUUACUGCAACAUGACAGAGGAUAAAGUGUGGUCAACUGUGUAUCAUGAUCUGCAGAUGCAGACUUCAGUGGUAGGCAACGGCCCGGAAAAAUACUCUGUAUUACAGCUCAAUUACAGUGCCACCAUGGAUCAGAUCUCUGCCAUCACCAGUAGUGCUGAAUACUGUGAGCAGUACAUCUCCUACUCCUGCAAGAUGUCAAGGCUGCUGAACACCCCAGAUGGGAAUCCAUACACCUGGUGGGUUGGAAAAGCCAAUGAGAAGCACUACUAUUGGGGUGGCUCUGGACCUGGCAUUCAGAAAUGUGCCUGUGGCAUUGAACGCAAUUGUACUGAUCCCAAAUACUAUUGCAACUGCGAUGCUGAUGCUAAACAAUGGAGAAAAGAUGCUGGGCUCUUGUCUUACAAAGAACAUCUACCAGUGAGUCAAGUGGUGGUUGGAGAUAUUGACCGAUCUGGAUCAGAAUCCAAGUUAACUGUGGGUCCUGUGCGCUGUCAAGGAGACCGGAAUUACUGGAACGCUGCGUCUUUCAUUACUCCAUCGUCCUACCUUCACUUCUCCACGUUCCAAGGGGAAACCAGUGCAGACAUCUCUUUCUACUUCAAAACAUCAGCACCUGAUGGAGUGUUUCUUGAGAAUUUGGGGAAUACAGACUUCAUCAAACUUGAGCUGAAAUCUGCUAUUGAAGUGUCCUUUUCAUUUGAUGUUGGAAAUGGCCCAGUGGAGAUCAUUGUCAGAUCCCCCAACCCACUCAAUGAUGACCAAUGGCAUCGAGUCAUCGCUGAGAGGAAUGUCAAGCAGGCCAGUCUGCGGGUGGACCAGCUGCCGCAGGAGAUCCGGAAAGCACCAACGGAAGGCCACACACGAUUGGAACUGUAUAGCCAGUUAUAUGUUGGUGCCGCAGGAGGCCAGAGAGGAUUUCUGGGUUGCAUUCGCUCUUUAAGAAUGAAUGGGGUGACUCUGGACUUGGAAGAGAGAGCAAAGGUCACACUGGGGGUGAAACCUGGCUGCUCUGGCCACUGCACCAGCUAUGGAAUGUACUGUGAAAACGGAGGUAAAUGUGUCGAGAAAUACAAUGGCUACUCCUGUGACUGUUCCAAAAGUGCAUAUGAUGGACCAUUUUGCAUAAAAGACGUUGGAGCAUUUUUUGAAGAGGGGAUGUGGCUCCGAUAUAAUUUCCAGUCCCCAGGGAUCAGUGUGAAAGACUUAGUCAGCCAAACUAUGUUGAGCUCUACAGACCAUGAUAACACUAUGCCAGACCUCAGAUUGAAUAAGGAGGCGCUCCGUUUCAGCUUCAGUACCACCAAGUCCCCUUGUGUCCUCCUGUACAUCAGCUCUUACACUCAGGACUACAUGGCAGUGCUUGUCAAGCCAUCUGGAAACUUACAGAUUCGAUACAACCUUGGAGGCACUGGAGAGCCAUAUAACAUUGAUGUAGACCACAGAAACAUGGCAAAUGGACAGCCACACAGUGUUAAUAUCACACGGAAUGAAAGGGACAUAGUUCUCCAGCUUGAUCAUUAUCCUCCAGCAAGUUACAGCCUGCCAACAGCUUCUGACACUCAGUUCAACUCCCCAAAGGCGCUCUUCCUGGGAAAAGUUAUAGAAACUGGGAAGAUCGACCAAGAUAUCUAUCAAUACAAUACACCAGGAUUCACUGGCUGCCUAUCUAGAGUGCAGUUCAACCAGGUUGCCCCACUCAAGGCAGCCCUGAGACCUACCAACACCUCCUCUCACGUCCACGUUCAAGGGGAGCUAGUGGAAUCCAACUGCGGAGCAUCUCCGCUGACCAUCCCACCAAUGUCUGCGGCCACUGACCCCUGGCAUUUAGAUUCAGCCAGUGCUGAUUUCCCAUACAAUGGUCAAGCUAUAGGAGAUGGAGUUAACAGGAACUCUGCCAUUAUUGGAGGUGUCAUCGCCGUUGUGAUCUUCACCAUCCUUUGCACGCUGGUGUUCCUGAUACGCUACAUGUUCCGUCACAAGGGAACCUACCACACCAAUGAGGCCAAGGGGGCGGAGUCUGCUGAGAGCGCUGAUGCAGCCAUCAUGAACAAUGAUCCCAACUUUACGGAGACCAUCGACGAGAGCAAAAAAGAGUGGCUUAUCUGAGAGUGUGCGGAGGGGGUUGGAAGCAGGGCCGGGGUGGGGUUGGGGAUGACUCUUUUAGCAAGGAGAGAACACUCUACUUCAGACUUUUGGGCACAUCUAGUAAAAAGAUCAGCACAAAUGAAGGAGCAAGCAACAGGCAAAACCGAUGAGACUGGAAACCAGGAUGACACACACACAUUUAAGAAAAGUACUUUUUAAUAUUCAUUUGCAAUGAAUUGCCCCGUCUGUAUCCAAACAACAACAACAAACAGCAGCUUUUAGAGCUUCAGCAUUGGUUAAAAUUUGUCAGUAAUACCUGUCUUUUCUGUGUGUGUUUAGAGGUGUUCUAAAUACCCGUGAUGAUAACAGGGCCGGUUUUCUACAUUUUUUAAAAGCCCUUUAGAAUGUGGAUAUUUCUGUCUUGAGAACAGCUUACAAAUCGACACAUCCUCAAAGUGUUCUUUUCAGUCACUCAUAGUCGGUUCCAGACAAGUUGCCAUAAUACCCAUAAUACUCGUUCACGUAUUGUUUCAUUUGGUGGUGUUUGAAUUGGGGUUUAAAAGUUCUAGGGGAGGAAGUGGGGGAGGGAAAAGAGGAUCAGAUCAUAUUUGCCAGAUUUCAAAAUGCUACCAUCUUGUGCCAACACUUUAAGAGUCCCACUUUGGCACAGGCAUUUCAAAAUGUUGAUUGUGUAUAGUACUUAUCAGCAAUGUAAAAAUAUUAUAAUUAUUCUGACUAUAGGAGAGGAGUAAAAGCACAGGAAAAUGUUUGUUUUGGUUUGUUUAUUUAAAUCUGAAGGAGUCUGUAGAUCUAGUUUGAGUCUGUAGACAUAAUCUGUUUCUGUAACUUUGGCUAUAAUGCUGCUGACCUGAGGCCACAUGGCAGUUUCAGUUUAAACUCAGCUCUGCCUGUGAUAUAUUGGCAUACACUGUAUGUAGGCAUAAGCAUUGUAGUUGGAAAUUGGAGUCAGACUUUACCGUUUGUUUGCUUCUGUUUCUCUGCAUAGGCUGUCACAGAACUAUUAGUACAGUUCUAAGGAAUGCAUUUGAUCCAACAGCUUUCACAUAAUACUUUUCUGUCAUUGGCAUAGCAAUUUAGUUUGUUCUUUAAAUCUUUGGUUUAAAUUCCUUUGUGAAGAAAGCCUCUGUCACAGUGUUCUCUCAGGCAGUAAGGUAAAACAAAAGGCUUAAAGAGUCCUGCUCGUAGAGAGGGCAGCAGAAACACACAGCAUGAGAGCAGAGGUCCUUUUUUUAAUAAACAGAUUUGCCUGAUCAGUUUAACUGUCUUUGUGGAGUAAUGACUAAGGACUGCAAAGGCAAUAUCUAGUGCUUCAGGGAUCACAAUCUCUCAGACCAGCUGAAUGUCAGGCAUGUCACUGAGAAAGAGGCAGUCAGUUUGCACAGAGGGUAAGUGGUAGCCUAAAUAGUUAAUUUCAUCCUUUGAUGGCAAUAAAGUGGUUUUUGCUUCCCCACUGCAAAGGAGCAGGAGUCUCCAAUAACCUUGUUUGAUGGAGACACAGGGCCUUAUGGGUAGUUAUGCAUGGAACAGAAUGAAGAUAUGAAUGUAUAGCAGGACAUUUACUGUGCAUCAAAAAACAGAACCAAUACUAAGAAUUUCUUAUGAAAGGAUUUAUGCCUGUGACAUUUUUGGUGUCACGUAACCUUAUAAUAUUUACAAUUUUGGUAUGCACAGCUUUAAUCCAUUCCUUCAGUACCUAUUUGCAAGACUUAUUGGAAAUUCCGAUGAACUGCACUCUGAUGAACUAAGCAACGCUGCUGUCUUUUAGUUUCUUCUUCUCCUUUAUUUUUGCUUUAUAGAGCAUUAUUUUGUUGGAUGUUGUAAAGUGAAAGGAGAAUUUUUUUAAAUUAGAGAUGGAAUAUUGGAGCAUUUUCAGGAUUCCUUUGUAUUCAUAGCUCUUAAAACUGCUUCCUUGUUUAUAAAUGCACAGUCAGCAGACACGGCAACCAGUUAAAGACAUUGGAUAUGUGUUAAGGCCUUUCGUUAAAAUUCUCCACAGUCUGUUUCACAAACGGGACUUGUUGAAUCACUAUAGCUAAUGUAGAUCUCAAACCCACUACUUUCUUCAGGAUAUGGAUUUGGACUCAGUAUGUAAAUUUGGCCAGUUUUAAGAAAGUCACUGUCUGUUUCUCGGGUAUCUUUAUGGCUGUCCAAACGGGAAAGAAACCCAUCUUUGCCCCACCCCAUCCCGUGCUUAGCACUGGUUUGCCUCAAAAACUAUCAUCUCUCUCUUUGAGUGAAAAGUCCUUAUUCGUGUUUAAGAUCAGUGGGUAUAAGAAGACUAUCCUCCCCCUGACGAGUGUCAAAACAACACUAUAUAUAGCCUGUUGAAACUAAUCUGCCAUACAUCACUAGCUAUUCAGGCCAGCCACCUCCACUGUUGGGUGGGUAGGUCACAAAAGUCUUCUCUUCUAGUGAAGAAAAUCCCACUUCUCCUUAUUGAUUUUAGUUUGUUAAUUUGAUUUCAAAUGGUAUUUUAGGCAUUCCCUGUAAAGACUGUGCAUGUUACUUCAGAAGGCCCAGAUACAGCAAAUGAGAGCAGAGGGCCCGUUUCCUUAGGCUGUGAUGUUGUUGCAGUAAAAAGGCUGACUUUCUAACUGAAUUUAGUGUGAGAAGUGUCAGCUCUGCCACCUGAGACUGGAGUCCUAUGGUUCUUCACACAACAAAGACAGCACAAGUCUCCACAGGGGCAUACUUCCCAACUAACGUGCCUCAUCCCUGCGCUGGAAGGGCAAGUGGAUAGUUGUCUUUCCAUGUCCAGUCAAGUCUUCGGGUACUUGGUUGACCUAGCAACAAGCAUAUCAGUUAUGACAGUGGUCUUUGUGAUGGUGAUGUCUGUUCAUUAAUAACUAAACUGAGACCACUAAUUCAAUUCACAUGAGGCACUGAGCAGCCAUCUCAUGGAAAUGAUGGACCUGGUCUCGAUUCAAACCCGUGCAAUAAAGAAGAAAGGCAAAGUCAGUGCCAAUACUCUUAAUCAUCUGGUCUCCCAACCUUCUCUCUCUCUCUCAUCACAGAAUCUCAGAGCUCUUCAUGUAAAGCUCAUGAGAGCUGUGUAAAUUUGAGUUGGCCUCUUUGUAGGGAAGCCUCAUGCGGUGAGAAGAAGAUGGUGAUAAACUUCAGUGUUAUGAUUAUUUUCCUGAUUCAGCAGGAAUAAGGAGAUGCCUUCAUAAACCCAGAAGCUAAUUGUAUUAAUGAUUGAAAAUCUUAUUGAGAGCUGCAUUAGCAAUAGUGUAUUUCCUUAAACUGGAAGUGAGAGAGCUCAGCAGGCUGAGACAAUGGAUUUGACAUUGCAGACUGACACACGUGCCCUCCACACCAGUAUUUUAUGGUGGAGAUGGUGUCUUGGCUGCCGGUUCUUGUAGCCUUUUUCUAGAAUGCCUAGUAGCUAGAAUGCCAUGGUGACUAGUCUUAAGUAGGACAGACACUGGCCCUGCAAGGGCCCAGGAACUGAGAACCAGCAGACUAAGAUGGGUAGCUUGCAUAAGUGUGCAAGCACCAUUUGUUUUGUAGGAAAGUCUCCCUUACAAAAGAAAUGGUGAUAUCUUAUAUGAUUUGUGAGGGGAGUUCACGGGUACUUCUGGUUGCUAAGAGAGUUUGUACUGACCAACUGAGCAGUUAAAAUGGCAGGUAAUAUAGUGAGUUUUUGGCAAGUGCUGUAUAUCUUUCUAUGGUGGCCAAACCUGAAUCAUAACAGAGUGAAUUCUGAUGAGCAUGCGACACUGCCCUGAAAUGUACUCAAAUAUCAUACAAGCAUAGUGCACAUUCAGCUGAGUCAGUUUUGUCACUCAUUUAGUCCCUUUCCCUGUUUGAACAUGUGGGGAAAUGUGACUCUAAAAGGCCUGCUCCUGCUCCCAUAAAUCCAGGGCAAAAUUCCUGUUGAUUUCAGUGGAGGGCAGAUUGUGCCCAGAAUCAGAGUGUUGGUCUAGUGGGGUAAUGCUAAGGGGUAUUGGGAUCAACAAUCAUAAUAAAGGCCCGCAGGAGAUCAGCUGUGAAGUGCCAAAGAAAUGUGGUCCUAGCCAAAAUGGUAAAAAUUAAGAUGUUGAUAACAAUACAGCUUUUAAUAGAAACCAGCUUUCUAAUCUGUUGUUUAUUACGUGUUAAUUCAAAUGCCCCUUAUUCCAUAUUAGAGUCAGUUGACAUUAGAAAUGACCUUUAAAAUCAGAAAUCAAUAUUAAACAAACAUGCGAAAUUUCAGUUAGGACUAUAGUAUUUGUGCCUACCAUAUACACUGCACCUUUGUUCUCUUAUACAUGGUUAUGAUUUUCACAGCAGUUACCACUUGAAAGGUAUGGGAUUCGCAACGUUUUUAAUCAUGCUCAAGACAGCAUGAUGCAUAUUAAAGGGUGGUUAUCAUCAAUAUUUCACUAAGAUUGCCAAAGAGAAGGUGUAUAAUUACAACUUUAUGGUAGAGAUAAGAGUUCAUUUUAGAAGAGAGUCUAUUCAGUGACUACAUUUUAAUCAAAACAGAAUCUCUUUUAAUGGCAGAUGCAUCUAACUUCCAGAAUACCAAUUGAAAGGUGAAGCUGUUACUCAGUCUGAUAAGCAGUAGCUUUUUAAUAUGGUUUCUCACUCAGAUUAUCUUCUAUUGUGUCAUAAGCAUGGUGACUCUUUAAGGGUUACAUUGUUGAAAAGCAGAACCUAAAUUCUAUCUCUGUUAAUCAAAAUUGGUAUUCCAUCCUAGAGAUAUGAAACAGGAAUCUCACCCUCCAAAAGUAAUAGCAUGUAAAUAAGAAUGAAAGAAGGAAAAUAUGUAUGUAUGCCUAAUAUCCUUUGUGAAUGUCUUUCCUUUAGUUAAAAGUUCUAUUAGAAACCAGAUUGAUAAAUAAAAAUAAUAUAAAUUCUACAUAGUU